UUCCCGCGCGAAGCUCACCCACCAAAACCUAAAGCGCGCCUAACAUUUCCAUUCCAUUCCAUUCCAUUCCAUGGAUGCGGAGAUGGAGGACGCAGGAAGACAGACCGAGAUCGAGUGGGGCGGCGGCGGCGGCGCCGACGCGGUCCUGGGUCUUGCCGGCGGCGCCUCCUCUGUGUCGCUGUGCUACCACCAGGCGUUCGGUCCCCACGACGACCUCGUGCUCCUCGAGGCCGCUGACGACCUCCUCCCUGACCUCCUGCAAGGCCGGGUGACUGUAAGAGGGCGUCCUGAUGAAGAUGCUGUCCUCUGCACACCUUGUGCAACUUACUCCAUGAAGUUUGUUGGCACAUCAAAUUCUAUGUUUUUGAUACCACCUGGGGAACCAUCUGCUAAAUGCUUAAGACCAGACAACACCAGUGGCAAUGCUAAUGCGUUGGCUGCUACCAUUAAACUGGCACCGGGGAGCAUUGAAUUGGUCCGAGUCGCUCCAAGACUAGAUAAACUUAAGAGCCUUCUCCGGGAGCGGCCCUACAUACUUGAUGAGGAUAUUGGGGAUGAUGACCUCCAACAUAAGAAUAAGAAGGGGCUGUACACAUGGCAAGACCUCUGCAAACUUAUCCAGGCCAGUGAUGGCGAGCUGUUAGAUGCGUUGAAUGCCCUCUCGGCUGUUGACAUUGAUGGAUUCUGGAGGACAGUUGAUGCCAGUUCUGUGAACACGAUUCUUGACAUGAUCCUGCACAACUCUGUGUUGCGUGAUUGGCCAUUAAAGGCAAUGCCAGAAAGUGAUGUGCUCUCUGUCAUGGGAUCUGAUGGUUUUACGCAUAAUAUCGUAACCCACUGCCUCAACAGAUUUGGCACAAAGGUAGAGCAGGAAGCCAGAAGCUUUUGGAGCCUUGAUGAGAAGCGUGUAUGCUUACAAUUUGCUCGGAGAGCACUUGGCGCUGGAAAGAUGAAGCUCAGCAACUUUAUGGAGAAAUGGAAGAGAAGCAUUCCUUCAGGAAUGUGUUGUCCGGAUCUUCAGAUGCUUGAAGGGGAAGUGUUGUGUGAAAAGCUUGGGGCUGAGACCUGGGUGCAUGCUUUCAGUGUUACUGAUCUGCCACUGGCGCCUGCUGAGAGGUUCGCAGCACUUUUCCGUGAGCGGGCAAAAUGGGAAUGGAAAGACCUGCAGCCCUACAUCAGGGACUUGCAUGUUCCAGGUGCAUCGUCGGAAGGAUUGCUUAUCAAGUAUACCAGAAGAAGCCAACCAAAUGCUGAAGCUGAACCUAUUUUUACUGCAAGAUAAUAAUCAAUGUACGGUCAUGUCUUGGCGACGUGAUGCAUUGCAUUUGCAUGCUAGAUAUUGUCAAUGGAACCCAGGUUUUGAGGAAAAAAAACAUUUGUGCCUUUUGCUGUAACUUUUGUUUUUGGUGAAGAAAGCUGAAAUGC